UUGGGUUUUUCAGAACCCAUUCAAUUAAUCCAGUUUGACUGAAGCCCCGCCCAGCGGGAAUCCCAUGUGGUUUCGGCCUUAGGGAGAAGUGCCACAGUGUUGAAUGUGCCCAGCAUUGGGUCUACUGUUUACACAUGAUAUCCAAUCAACAGAGAUUGUAUGGAUUAUCGUCUCAUUCAAUUUAAUAAGUUAAAUUGUUGAACAUAAUUUAAUGUUCUUCCAAUCAAAUGAGACACUUUUAAACUUAUCAUAUUAACCUAGAUGAAGCCACAUCUCAUGUUAAUUAAKGUUUAAUACCCAGAUAGCUUACAUAGGUAGGAUUAAUCAUUGGCAUUGAUUAAUUAAUUCAAUUUGCUUUUGCAAAUUCAUUKAKGUCCAACUUCCACAUUACUGGUACAGUACUGGUAGUUCGUCAACAUCUAUAAAUAGAUUAAACUWGUCUUUGCAGCUUCCAAUUAAUUCCAAAUCCAAACUUUGAAUAAAUUUAGUGAAAUUUUCCUCUAAAAUGUUCUAAUAAUGUGCAAGCUAUCAAAGGAGGUGGUCACCACUCCUCCGCUAAGUAGUGAACCUCCACCCAUAAAAGGAUUGAUCCCUGACCUCAGCAGCGAUACCAACCCUAAUUAUGCCAUUAGUGAAAAAACAGCCGAAAUUGCGAACGCUCUCCAAAAUCAACCAUCAAACACAGGCUUUGUGACGGUUCUCCCCACUMUUGCACUGAUGUAUCGCCAUAAAAAUGUGGCAUCGGUUCAAUACCACCGUGCACAGCUGAAGCACGUGCCAGUCGUGGCUAGCAUCAGGGGACAGGUGGAGAGAACUGAGCCACUAUUGACAAAAGCAGGAAAUGAAAACAUUCUGCUAGUCGAGGAACUGKGUUUGAAAUCUGAACAAUUGAAAGUAAUUGCAAACACUUAUGACGAUGAACGAGCACAAACUCUUCAACAAAAUCGUCGUCUCCAGGAACAACUCGAUUUAGCCAAAACUAAAUACGAGGUGGUCCACUCCAAACUAGAUAAAUCUGUUGAGUUAUCUACAAAUAGCAGCGCGCAAUUUGAUAACAUGCAGGCAGUUUUGUUGAACGUUACUCAGAGUAACACGGCGCUACUCAAAAUUCUGCAGACCAAAGACGAUCAGUUGAUGAACACAAUGACGAAGUUGGAUGACAAAUCAGCAGAACUCAUUGAAGUCGCUGACCAAAUGAAUGAUGAGAGAACUCGGGUGAUGAAGAUGGAAAUCUUGAUUUCUAAACAAGCGGAAGAAAUCUCAUCACUGAAUCUCUCGCUCUGUACUCAAGACAUCUAUCUGCAAGCCAUGACAGAUAAGUUUGAGACCGAAAGGAGCAAGUGCGACACUCACGUGUCCAAAAUCAGUACUCUAAGCGCUCAAGUGGACUCUGCAAUGCAGCAGAAUACCACCCUUAGGUACCAUCUGGAGGAAGUCCAGAAGGGUCACGCUCUACAGCGUGACUAUCCAUCCAAGCAACCGGAGCCCGGUACUCAAUGGAGUGAAGACGAUAGGUUUCAGACAUUGCCUCCGUCAGGUGUCCCCCAGUCUUCUCCGCUUGGCCAUUCGGCACUGAGUAAUAUGGCGCGUCUUGGCCAACAAAGCCAAAGCMUGGCUUCUCCUCUUGGCCUUUUGGCCCCACUUUCCCCACAGGAUAAAGCCCACCCGCUUGACGCGGAAUACCUUGACAAACUCGUCAAGUAUUUCCCCACCUUUGACCCCGUUCCAGGUCAGCCAAACGAUACUGAGACGUUCCUAGCUGACAUAGAGGACGCGUUGGAUGGCUACCCGAACGCUACGGUUUCUGACAGGGUUUACCUGUUGAAGCGAACGUCGAAUAGACACGUGACAAGGUUCAUUCGCCUACAACAGCAACACGUGCUAAAUGACUACGCUAAACUUGCCACAGCUUUGAAAUUAGAAUUCAGUGGUUCUGCAACUCGCAAACACGAUAGCUCACUGGCUAACACGGUCA